AUGGAAGCCAAAAUGGCGGACCCUUCUGGGGAAGGAUGGCCUUCCUUUCUUGGUGAAACAAUGUCGGAUUUGAGAACGAAUUUUAACAGUGAUAAGGAGAUGAAUGAGCCCAUGAUUGACGGUUUUGACGGUAAGUCUUUUAUUGUUAUAAUAUCGGCUAGAAACCUUCGCAAAAAGUAACAUUUUUUGGUUAGGUAACAAAGGUGAUGGACUGCAGUUUCUCUUUGUUUACGCGCCAAAUGGCUUUGUUUUCUUAAUGAGCGGCAAAUAAGUAGAUCAUUGUAUGGCUUAUUUUUCUGUUUGAGGAUCGAUGCAUAAGCAUUAUGGGUUUUUCUCCUCGAUCUAUAAUGUUGCUUUUGGUCGAACAUUGUUGAUGAAUGAGCUGAAGUAUGUAAGCUUUAAGCUUAUGCUUUAUCAGCACGCUUCUCACUACUUCCUUAUAUUGAAAAGUUAAAAAUGUAUUUAAAUCCUUGCAGACUAUAUUCUCAAUGAAUUUGUGUCUAUAGACAUUUCAAAGACAAAAAUAAAAGAAAAAGCACACGCAGCACUUGUUACAUGGACUUUCACUUUCAGAAGGAUAUUGCCUUUUACUUCCAAACCACAGCAACAAACAUCUUAUCAACCUCAUGGAUACAAAGUUUUGUUUGAAAGGAUAAAAUGUCGGUCAGGCGGCUGACCUUUGUUCACUGCUCUCGGCACUCGUGUUUUUCACUUGCUGUUGUACUUUUUUUAUAUCUAAACAUGCAGAGUACAUGUGAUUAGGUGAUAUGUAGACUUACAUUGUAAUUAAAAAAAAUUGUACACAAAUUUUUUUUUAUUUACGUGGUUUUGAGGAACUUAGCAAAUGUUUUAGAAGGCUACAUCAGUCCUACUUUCUAAAGAAAUCUUAUGUUUUGGACCUUAAUUUUCUCCAGAUUGAUGACUUUAUUAUUUCACUUGGAAAAAAUGUGCUGAACUUAACACUUUAAUGACAGUCGUUGUUCUAGUUCCUCUCUUUAAUUUCCUGGGGACUGGAUUAAACUGGGGCAGGGUUAAUCCUUUAAACCCUAAGAUCAAAAUUUGAAUUCUCAUUUAUUGCCCCCAUUCAUUUCCUACAAAAGAAUUGGGGAGAAGUUGAUAAAAUAUCAAGCAAAUUCAUCUUGUGUGAUCAUGUCCUUAAUUCUCAUGACCACUCUGUUUUACAAAGUAUUGAUAUUACAAGAAGAAAUUUGUUGCUGAUCACUCUUAGGGCUUAAAGAGUUAAACCAGUUGCAGGCUUUGUUCCCAAACCAGACCAAUACCCAGGCUCUUAAAAGCUACAAUAAUAAUUAUUGUAGGGUUGUGUUAUGGUGCGUUUCACAUUUUUUGGUCAAGCUAAGCUAGAAUUGCGUGUAUAACCAAAAUAUUCUCAGUCAUCUGGUGGCAUACUUUGGAAACUCUAAAAGAAUGAUUUUGUCAAAGUUUCAAUAAAGAAUGAUCAGUUUUUGGUCACCCCAUAAGUAAGGACCAACACUGGCAAAUUUACCUUUGUAUGUGAAGCCUCAAAAUUAUUGGAAACAGUACCUACAAACUUGGAACGGUUCUCUACUAGCAGUUUUGAAAAGCUUUAUAAAAAUCAUCUGCUCAAAUGUUAGCCAUAGUUUCUUUUCUUCUCAAUUUCCAAUUAAAACUUACUUUGUAAUUAUAUCUAUCGGUAUUAUCUUUUUCUUGCUUAUCUUAAAGUUGGAACUUUUAAUUUUGUACUAUUUUCUUUUUGGUUUUCAUAACAUUUCUUGAAAAGUAGGUUGAGUUUGAUCGUCCAGGUGGACGUAGUCCUGAAUAGGACUGUUGUUGUUGAGAGUGAAUGACAUUUCGACAACCUGUGCGGUAGUUAUCUUCAGAGUCAAAGUGAGUUGUAUCACGUCAGUUGAUGGUAUCAUACUCUGGUUAGUGAUCUGAUUGGUCAAUUACGUCGCGAUUUUAUUGGUCGUCUGUCAGUUAAGCCGUGAUGUCAUUGGCUAUGAAGACUCGUAAUCAGUAAUUGGUGUGUUUCGAUCCGUCUAUUGUCACAGUUAAACAGUCGUCUAUUGUUAGUCAAAUUGUUAGUUCUCCAGUCGUUCUCUCUUAGUUAGUUUUGCUUGAUAUCGUCAAUAAGUCGUUUGUAUGGGGCUGGUAACUGUUGGCUAUGAUUCGGUGGCGUUUGUUCUAAGUUAAUUAGUUUAACUUUGUGAAUUAGUUUAAUCUUAAUUUUUUUUUCCUCCAUUCUUUUCCUUAUUUAUAAAUAAGCAGCAGCCAACUCAAAAGCUGUGCUACUUUGGCUGUUGCAUACUGAUUUAAAAAUAGUACAAUUUAAAUAUAUAAUCUCUACCAUUUCUAUUCUGUAGUUUCUUGUAUUAUGUCAUUUUUUUCUCUGUACCUGAAUAGUGCGAAUAAAGAUGAUGAUGAUGAUGGUUACGAGCAGUGAGACCUCAUUUUAAAAUACAGUCGCCAAUGGAAGCAAAAUAAUUGGCCAAAUUAACGGGGUGACCAUAUUACAAGGCAGGAUCAAAUUUAGUGACUUUAGGCAUCAGCUGUUGUUACCCUUUGACUGAAGAAAAUGCAAAGCAGCUGUUUGAUUAGUAAAUGACUCAGGUUGAUGAAAUAUUUCACAGGCAUUUUGAUUUCCUAAAUUUAGUGUGAUUGAGUCGACGUAUUAACAGGGAGAAACAAUUUUGGAAGAUUACACUGUUUCGGAUUUGAUAAUGUGGCCAUUGGUCAUAACAGUGACUGCCUUAACAAGAUCUUUUUCCAAGAGGAAGUUAGGCCAUUCAGGGCCAAUAAAAAUGAUAAGUAAUAAUGAGGUGAGUGGCAUGUGUCACUGAGGUUGUGGGGUUCCAUGGUACUUGUAAAAUUGUGAUGUUUUGGAUCAUUGGCUGCUUACAGGUGGCAGUCACUUAUUGAAGCUCUACUGUAAAGCAUACUUAGAGUAAGGGAGAGGAUAGAAAAAAGGACAAAAAUGCUCAUAAACAUUAAGCACAAAGACUUACACUAAUUAUUUAAACCUACAACACAAAACUUGCCUUUUGCCUUUUGGCUUUUCUAUGUGCUGGGAAACUCCACAGUAUGCAUAAAUAACCCAUCCCAAAGGACAAUUGUGCCAUUUAAACUUGCUUAGGUUAUAAUUUAUUAGCCAAGGAAAAACCAUUUUUGACAAUUAUCUAAUUUCAUCUACUUGAGACGUUUUACAGUCGAAGCUCUCGUAAGCAACCACCUCGGAAAUUUGGAAAAGUGGUUGUAACUAGGGCUGGUCGCUUACAAGAAUGAGUUCUCGUAAGUGACCAUAUGAUAAAACAAUAGUGCAUGGGUGGUAGCUUAUGAAAGCUUCAGAAACUCAUUAAUGAUUCACAAAGAAAAAACAAAAGAAAUUAAUGUUUAAUGAGUGUCUGUAUAUCCGAACUUUAUUGAACUUUUAAUACAAUACUGCACCACUGUAUAAGAUCUUUAUCAUUGAACCAUUAGUGCAGUGUGCUUUUUCAUUGUAGUGUUGAUUUUCAUGAAUAAGACUCGAGUGGUCGAUUACCAGAGCUUAAAAACAAACGAAAAGUCCAGUUGGGUAAUCCCAAAAGUGGUCAUGGUCGCUUACUAGAGUGUUUCAUUAUAAUGUUUAAGUUGCACUUCAUACAGGGUUUCACAACUUUAGGUGGUCGUAACUUGAGCUGGUUGCUUACUAGAGUGGUCGCAAGGAGAGCUUCGACUUUACUUGACAUUUGUUAAAUCUCUUAACUUAACUUCUUUUUUGUUAUUUAGAGAGAUUUUUGGACUUCCUUUGUGGACCAACUUCAGAACUUAAUGGCACAACAGCAGGAGUCAACAUAAAGACUGAACCACCAAACUCUGUUCUUUCGCCACCCAUAACUCCUCCUGAAUCAUCCAUGGCCAUAGAUGAGGACUGUUCAUCUUUCAAUUUUGAAGACUAUCUUUCAAAAGCUACACCCCAGCAAGGACAAUCAGUACUGUCACUCUUACAAUCUCCCAUUGCAGUAAAACAGGAGGAGAACUUAAAUGUAAAUGGUAGUACAGCCCCUCUGCAAAGCCAGAACACAGCUACACAGCAGCUGCUUAAUUUACUCCAGGGACAGAAGAACCAACAGGGACUACAAACCAUGCAUAACACAAGCUUAGAGCAACUUCUUCGGGAACCUUCAAUUCUAGCUCCAGCCUCUCGAACUCCUGUUGUCACAGCUCCGCAACCAUCUGUCACUCAACAACAGUCAGUUAUAACCCAACAGGUAGGAAAUGCAAAAGCUUUCACUUUCAAUAAACCUGGCACCUGAAAUAAACCUGAAAGUAUUGUACUUUAAAAUAAUGAUCAUUUACCUGCUCCUUCCCAUGACUUCUGAUGAUGUUGCUCAAACUUUGGGACAAGAGAAUCUGUAUCAAUCCUCAGAUAUACAGUGUACAAUGUAUGUUGCUUUAUUAAAAUUAAGUCCGAGCAUCUGGCAAUAGACAGAGAUUCUGUGGUCAGGGAGAAGACAGGGAAGACAAAAUUUUUUCUCGAUUGGCAAAAAUGAUCUGCGUACCGAAUCAAUGCAGUAGUCCUUAUGUAUUCUACAAUGUUAUUAAUUUCUCCGUUGUGGGUAAAAUCCUUACUCAGCUUAGAUCAGUAUUCAACCUAUUUCGGUUGAGAAUUUCUAUUGUUUGGUUGCCCAAAUUAUUCAUAGGAGACAAAGGAAAUAUGGUGGUUAACCUGAAAUUGGAUUUUACCAGGAAAUCGUAGCCCUUUAACAAUAAUAUUGUACCUUAAUAUUUCCAAUCCCAUUCACUGUACCUGUGAGCUAGUGAUGUUUACAAUAAUAAUAGCAGAUAAUGAUAAGAGGAUAACGUAAUGAAUUCUGCAGAAAAAUCAACAGAAAGAAGCUCUAAAUAAAGUUUAUCCCAUAAGCAAAUAUGAGGAUGGUGUGAGGUGCUGUGAGGCUGGUGGAGCCCUAAACUGCGGCCAAGUGCAUUGUGUAACCUCAAUAACCCUGAGAGUGGCAUCCACCCAGGCACUGUCUUGCUGCUAAUCAUACGUAUCAUAAUAAACUUACUGUAGGGGGGAAAGGGUGGGGAACAGAAAAGACACUUUGCACAAAUGAGCCACAACAGGCAACAACAUGCAAUGGCUUGACCUCAAGAGAAUGGAUGUGAAAAGACCCAAAAUCCCCUUUGACACAAUUAGGGUGCCCCGCAUAUCUCUGAUGAGAGACAGCUAGCCAGCCAUUUCACGAGUUUAACUUAGCCCAAAUUCCAUUAUUUUAGCCACAUAAGUGAUGGGGUACUGUUUAAAGUCCUUUUUGGAUGUCAAGGAGGUGGUGCUCCUGAUAUACAAUGUAGGGUUUCAUAGAUGAGGGAGAGGGAAAACGAGGGAGUAGUCCGGGAUGAUCUUUUCACUUUGUUGACUGGUAACCUUGAAAUAAACUUAUCUGAUCUUGUUGUACCUUCAACAGACUCCACAAACUACUCCCCAGCUUUUGCAGCUUUUGAUACAGCAACAGCAGCAACAACAGCAGUUGCAGAAACAGCAACAGCAGCAGCUGCAACAACAAUUAUUGCAGCCCAAACCACAGCCACCACAGCAGCCUGCUCAGCCUAUGUUGAAUCAGACUGCUAUCCUCCAGCAAUUAUUGCAGCACCUUGGUGUGUGGCCAACGCAGCAGCCUCCAUCAACACCACAGCAACAAGUGGUGGUUUCUGAAGGACAGUCAUCACCACAGCAACAAGUUCCAUCGCCUGUGUCUGUGUCCUCAGUGUCGUCAACACCAGGAUCCCCUCUCCAGCCAACUUCUCCUGUUUCACCUGUUAAAGUGAAUGUCCAAGCUUCAAGUCCACAGGCACAACAAGUAUGUUGAGGGUUUUUACAGUUUAUUUUGUGAGCAAGUGCCUGUUAAAUAACAGAAACACUGUUGGAAGCUCCGGAAACAUUGCUUGGUGUGCAAAAUGAAGCAUACAAUGUAGUUCAUGAAGCCAAACAAACACACUUAUUAUUUUAUAUUAUCUAAUUUUGUUCUUAUUUGGUAUAUCAUACUCCUUUUGAGCACUGACACAGGAAAAAAUAACAGAUUCCCAUUUUUUGAUAUUUUAGGGUAUUUAACGAAUACCCACAAAAAUCCCAAAUUUGAAAGAGGGAGACAAGUCCCAAUUAGGGAACUUGGUUGGGAAUUCCCUGGUUGGGACUUGUCUCACUUUGCCAAAUUUGGAAUUUUUAUGGGUAUUCUUUAAAUUCCCUAAAAUAUCCAAAAAUGGGAAUCUGUUAUUUUUUCCUGUGUGAGAAUCCUUGAAAAUGUGCAAGUUCAAAAUAAUAUAUGACCCUUAACCCUUGGACUUUCAAUUGCAGUUUUAAAGAAUAUACUGUAGUUGUUUAGGCAUUUGACUGUGCUAAAUGGCUUGAAAAGUGUUGAUUUUCUUAAUGCUGGGUAACUUUGUUGGGUAUUGCAAGCUGAGGCUAUUUUUGAUACUGGGCCCAGUUGUCUGAAGACCAAUUAGCUCUUAACCUAGGGUUAAAUUUAGCCCCGGUAUCUUUUCUUUUGUUCAAAACAUUUUCUGGGAUACUUUUCUCUGAUAUUUUUAAUAGCAUCCAGUCAUCAACUUGUUGACAAAAAGAGUUAAACAGAAUUUACUUUUUAAGCUUACAUAUCUGACUUCAAAUUUUGCGCUAACCCUGGGUUAUCUUAACCCAGCUUUGAACAACCCAGCCCUGGUUUUCUUUUUCAAGAUUUACCAAUAUUUAGUAAGUCCAAAUUAAGGCUCUGCCUUAGAGUCAAGUAUUUUCUCUCCAAGUAGUACUUGUAUUACUCACAGUCAGUGGUUAAAUAACAACUUACAUCAUUUCCAGUCUCAACUCCAAACUCAAGUUGUCAAGUCAGAAGCUCCUGCAACUGUUAUUGGAACCUUAGACUUGAGUCAGUCUACACUUCAACCCACCCUGUCUCAGGGCCCCAAUGGUGUUCUAACAGCAACGAUACCCAUUGUUUUGGAUGCUAACAAGAUACCUAUAAGUCGCCUGGCCAACUCCAAGGGACAAAGUGGUGUUAAAACUGAAAAGCGCUCAGCUCAUAAUUUGAUCGAGAAGCGUUACCGAACUAGUAUCAAUGACAAAAUUGUGGAGUUGAAAGACCUUGUUUGUGGGCAAGAUACGAAGGUAGGCUUAGUUAAGUCUCAAUACUGAUUUCUUGAUUGAGCUGAUGUUAUGUUAUAAAAGCAACAUCUUUUUGGUUACUCAAUACUGAUUGUAACAAAAAUGAUUUUUUGGAAAGCUUUCCUUCUUGAUUAUGUAUUCCCACGCUUUCUGUUCACUAAUUGUCUGUUUCUUUCUAUUUCAGAUGAAUAAAGCAGGUAUUUUGAGGAAGGCAAUAGAGGUCAUUCAUAAACUUCAAAAUGAUAAUGCACGACUCAAGCAGGAGAACAUAGCUCUAAAAAUGGAACAGCAAAAGAGAGGUGCAUUUCUUUCCAAACUCAUUGAAUUAAUUUUCAAAUACACAACAUCCUUUUAUUAAAUCAACUUGAAUUUGAUGAAUGUAUAAUUAUACCAUUGUAUAGUCAUGAACAUGAGCUAGAAUCACCCCAUGGCUCACAGUUGCAUGCAGCCUGGUUCCACGUGAAAUAGGUAGACUGUUUUUUUAAAGUAUUGGUCAAAGUUAUUCUGCAAAGCAGCAGCAAAGCAAAACUCAGAAAGCUGAGUUAUGCAAUCACAUGGAAGCCCUUGUAGACCUGCACAAGCCUGCACAAGCCUGCCUGCCUGGGGCUUGACUGCUGAUUCACUAGUGAAGUCUCAAGGUUAACCUUGCCUAAGUUACAAUUUACUAGGCAAUUUUGCAUGAUCAUACUCCUCCUCUUCAUAGGUAGCUAAAGUGUCAAGUCUGUCCCCAUUAGGGAAAGAAAUGUUACCUAGUCAGGCUUUUUUGGUUUUAUUUUCCUUUCAUUUCCAAUAAAAAAGUUUGGGGGUUCUUGCUCAUAGUAGCCCAACAUUUUCACCUGUGUUGUUUUCAAACUGUGUGAGCAAAAAAGACUAAAAAUUCACUGUGAAUCACAACACCUGGCAGUUGUGAUAAUGUAUAAACUCAUGAGCCUUUAAAAAUCCUUUAGCCAUGUGACUAAAAAUGACAACUGUAAACAGUCGACAUAUUUUUCAUGGAUUGUGGGUCUUUCUCUUUGCCAGAAACCAUCAGUGAGCUUGUAAGGAAGCAAAAGGAACAGCAGACAAAACGAGAAGUAACAGAAGAUACUGUCAUGACUGAAACAUCAGCCACCCAGAAACAAGACAACAGUGACGUGGAAGAAGUCAGCAAGACCAGUAGCAUAAUACCAAACCCAUUAACUCCACCCACACCUGACUCUCUUACAAAAGACAAGACACAAGUCAAGGUGGAGGCUCUUCCUGUCAGUAGCUGUGGAAUGAUGGAUCGCACUCGUGUAGCUCUGUUUGCCUUCAUGUUUACCUUCUUGUUCAUUAACCCACUGAGUUAUGUCUUUCCCCAACUAGACAAAGGUACAGCAUUAUUUUCUCUCCUAGAAGGACGUAUUGCCAUCAAAAAGUUUUGAAAGUCCCUCCAUUCCUUAACCCAUUUAGUUUUUAGUGCAAAAAACCUGAUAUCCAACCCAUAAAUUAUUGUUAACAUUAUGAUAAUUUUUCACAAAAAUAAUAGUUAUGCAGGAAUUCAGACCUCUCACAUUUUGAUAAUUACCCAGGACCUUUGUUUCCUUGCCUUAAGUAAUGAUUUAGUUACCAGAUAACACGUAUCCCCCCUUUCCCAUUGGACAAGUGAGGUUAAAAACUUAGGCUCCAUUCACACCAAAGCUUAAACAUGCUGUUUGGUCAAACAUGGUUUAGAUUUAUAAUUUGUUUUCUUUGUGAAAUCUGCUUACUGUACUUUUAUCAAAUGCAAAUUUAGUGCAAUUACAUAACGUGUUAAGGUUCAUUUGAAUUCUGUGCAAAAGCAUGUGUUCUCAUUUUCAGUUACUGCUUUUCACUUCUUCCUUUCCUGUUUCUUUGGUGUGAAUGGAGUAUUACAUCUACUUGCCCCGGAAAAAUGGACAGGACUUUCUUUGAGCCCUGUAUCCAUUCCAGUCUGUCUAUUAAUUAAAUUUAAAUUUUCUGUUAAGUCCAAACGUUUCGUCCCUAAAUGGCAAUGAAACGUUUUAAAACUUAUCGUAAGCUGCAUGUAGCUUUCUGUUUAAAUUCAUUUAGAAAUACUGAAGUGACUUUUUCAUUCUUUCAUCAGACCUGCUAUUCUCUAAUUCGGAAGUAAAUGAAAGGCACGCAUCGCACGCUGGUGCAAGAACCUUGAAUUCCAUUGGUAGUGCCAGUCUUGUACCACAGGAUAACUGGCUACAGAGUGUUGCUCUGUUUGCAAUCAAAUGGUUGCUUCAUGGAGUUAUAGCCCUAGCAGUAUUAGUGCGCAUCCUUGUAUUUGGUGAGCCUGUCACACGACCACACUCUGACAAUGCUGUGCUGUUUUGGAGGCAUAGAAACCAAGCAGAAGCAGAUCUUGGCAAGGUACUUUAACUGAGUGUAGCAGAAAUUAUUAUUGUUCUGUAGCAAGAUGAUUAAACUAUUUUCAUAAUGUCAUGAGUAUAAAAAGUUUCUGAAAGAUUGGUCAACCUGAUGAAGUACAAGCCAUGUGCAGGUGCUGCUGUGUUGGCAGCAAAUCUUAGCCACCACACAGCAUGUCUUAAAAUAGACCCAGUUUCCAGAUCUAUUUAUUUUUUAACUUUUUACAUGGUCAAGUUAGUGAAAAUCUGUUAAAAAGAGUGCCUUAAAAUUUGCUAAGUUUCCUAAUGUGAGAGUGAUUUGCUGAAAACUAACAAGGAUAUGGCUCUGCAGAGUCACUAAUUUUUCCAGACUUUGUACAGUGGAGGGCAAGUUUGUACCCCUUCCUAUACAAACACUGUCAUUUUUAAAAGUUGAAAAUACCUUGGAAGGGUCCCUUCCUAAAAAGAAAAGGGUUUCUUCACUUCUCUCAGCCUAAUGCAUUGCAUUAAUAUUUCAUCAAUAAUUAUUUAAACUACAUUGGUGUUUGGUCAAGAAAAGCUAUUGAAUUUGAAUUGCUGAAAGUGAAAGAGGUUUUAGACGGUGGUUGAUUGUUGUUUCUUCUGCCAUUAUGUUGUUAUAGAGCUGUUUCAAAUUCAUAUUAGCAAUGACCAGUCUUUCAAUAACGACCGUUCAUGAUCUUUCUUCUUUUUCUCUCUCUUGUUUUUUUUUUCCUCAGGGAGACACCAUGUCAGCAUCAAGGCACCUACAGAUCUGCCUGACAGCUCUGAAACGCCCACUUCCAGUCUCCAAGCUUGAUGUGGCCUGUGGCCUGAUUUGGCAGGUAAUGCGUCAUAUCCUGCACAGGCUGUGGAUUGGAUCAUGGCUUGUCUCUGCUGCUGGUGGGAUUAAGCUACGAGGCAGAAGCAAAGAUUACAAGGAGCAUGCGAAACUCUCUGCAAAGGAUGCAGCCAUGGUUUAUCAUCAGCUUCAUCAACUGAGUCUCACAGGUGAGUAGUGAUCAAUUUAUGGAAGCUUACUUUAAACUGCAGGCAUCAAAAGACAGAAGAGCUUGAUAGAUCAAGUGUUAGAUCGAUUGCAGUUAAAAAAUGCUGGCCUCAAAUUUAAUAAGUGCUGCGGUGCUCAUUUGAUAGACUUUCUCAAAGCCUGUGUCCGGUUUUGGCUGUUUAGGUGGUCAGCUGGGAAACAGACUUUUCUCGCCUGCAGCGCACUAUUUUUUUUACAAUGUACAGACUGGUUACUAGUAUUGUUAAUUGGUACAUGUUGUUGUUUCUGACUAGAAAGGUUUGAAGGUUUUCUUGAGGCCAUGUUAGGGUGAAAAUUCCAACAAGCAAUGUGGCCCUAAAACAGUGACAUAAGACUAGAUAAAAUGGCGACAAACAACAUAAAAAUGGGUUAAAUACUGACUUGCCUCACUCCUCGAAACGUGAAAGCGAUUGUAUUUAAAUUCAGACUGGGGACAUACAAUGUACAACCCCCCACCCCCCUAAGAGGGCUUCUUUCUUAGCUGUGCUUAACUUCUCUAGUCUAAUCCAAGCUUAUCAACCAAGCAUAACUCCUUUUAAGUGUGUCAGUAAAAAAAUGGCAAAAUAGGCAAAUUAGUUCUUCAUUUAUACAUUCCAAGACAAUAAAAUCAUCAGUCGCUAUUUAAGGGUAGAGGUGAUUGAGAUUUCAUAUUGUGCUACAUGUAACUUUUUUCUAUAAAGUCUUUCAGUGGGAUCAUUUUGUGUGUUUUAGGUCAUGUGUCCAUGGAUGGCUGGCGUUCAUCAUUCCUUGGCCUGGCAGCUAUGAACUUGGCAGAGUCAGCCGAUAAACUUGUAAGCUUUGAAGUCCUGGCCGAGAUCUACGUAUCAGCUGCAAUUCAAAUAAGAAGCUCAUUUCCUGAUGGACUUCACUUCAUUGCGGUAGGUUAUGCCACUCUCAGUAACUGCAAGUAAGGCUUCAUACAUGUACUCAAGUCAGGAGAAGAUCAGCCUGUGUUGCAGCUGGUCCACGCUUCAUCUAAAUCAUUUGUGUAAUAGUCCAGGCAGUGUAGUGUCUGGAACAAAUGCUAGGGGAAGAUACGCUUUCUUAGCCUGAGAAAGCAGCUGACAUUGUGCGACGCAGCUGGUGGUUUCCUAAUGAAAUGACCUCUGAGAAAGGAGUGCAGAAAUUCCAUACUGAUGAUGUGUCAGUAUCCAGAUCUGGGUAGUGGCACGUCAUCAGUAUGGAAUUUCUGCGCUCGUCUAUCAGACCUCAAACGACGGGUGGCUGUUUUCUCAUGCUAACACUUUGUCAGACCUUGAUUUAAUAUGGUCAAACCUCAGUUCAUUAAGUUGCCACCUAUGAAGUGGCUACCCUGUAUUAAGUGGCCAGUAUACGCAAUCCUGAAAUAACUUAAAUUAAACCUCUGUACCUCUCGAAAUAAAAAUUUCUCAUUUUUUGUUAUCCUCCAGAGGUACUUUCUUAGUCGUGCACAGACAUCUUAUGGAGCCAGCGGCAAAACAGUUCCAGCUUCUCUACAGUGGCUUUUCCAACCCAAGGGACACCGUUUCUUUGUGAGCAGAAAAUGGUCAUGUAAAGCAGGAGACAGCAUGUGGGCCAGUGUCAGUAAUAAAGGUAAGAGCCACAAUGUCUAGAAUAAGCGGGUUGUCAGUUACUGAGAAGUUAACAACCCGUGUCUCUAAAUGGAAGAGGGUGCGCGGGAUGUCCAGGGGCUUCCACUUUUGACAAAGUCAGCCACUGGACCGAGUUACACUCCCAUGACUUGUAAACCCACACCUUCCAGCCAUGAGCCCCCACAACAAUGGAAACAGGCACCUGUCACACUGAUUAAUCAGUGGAUUUGUAAAGGGGGGAGAGAGUGGGGGUAAAUGAACAUUCCGUAGGCUAAAGGAAGCGAGUGGCCUGUAAGCACAUGGAGCCGAUGCAAGCACGGCUGACCAUGCUUGAGCCACCACACUGACCCCUGACUGACAUCAAGAAACUGCACUCCUUGUUGUUAACUUCUUUAAAUUUCAUUUAACUUCUGAGAGACCUUUGCCAAAAUUUCGAACAGAAAUGUUUUAAGUCUGCUACUUGUUGGCCACCGUUAGUCUCGAAUCCUGGAUCCUUAGGUAAAGGCAGCAUCUAAGGGAACAGUUUUAAUCUCCAUUUCUUAUAUUAAGAACAGUUGAUAGCUGCUAAUGAUUAUGGGUCAUCCUCCAUGUAUGGCCCCUCUCAACCACCUACAAUGUAUGCAAAAUAUCCAAAUAAAUUUGCCAAGGAUGACACUUGUCCGUUUCGCCGUCGUCGGAUCGUAUGGUUCCUGGUGUUGGGAAGCGAGUGCUCUCGCUACUACCGCGCCAUCCCCGCUCCCCCAUUGUUCAUAACUUUAUUCAUUUACAACAACAACAACAAAUUUUAUUGAAAAUUGGAGAAUAACUAAUUACAUUACUUUCCCACCCGCAAACAGCUUAUAAACUAAUGGAGGCGGGGGGGAGCUGAAGGCAUAUUACAAAACAAGAUUUAAAUACAGAUGGACUAAAUAACAGUGAAGACACCACUAUACAGUAAAUAGAAUUUAAACUAACACAAAACAAGACAAGUACCUAACGAUUACGAAGAGAGGCUAACCUAAAGUAUUAAAUAACUUAAUUAGACGGGAGACUUCGACAUAAUCAUCAUCUGACCGCAAGAAAUUUAGGAAUAAUUUCUUUGUUUUUUUACCAAAGGACGAACGUGUAAGCAUUUUAAUCCAAUAAGGAAUAGAGUUCCAAAUUUGGGCACCGAUUCUCGUGAAAAAGGCAUACAUUUUAUUGGUUCUAGAGAACUUAACAUAAAACGAGUCGCUAGAGACAGAUCUUGUUCUGUAGUUUCAUUUUGCCUUGGUGUUGUUAUUGUUUUAUUUGUUUUAAACUAGGACGUUUUUUUUUUUCAUCAAUAACUGUUGAUUGGUUUCAGUUGAUCCAAUUGCGCAUGUCAGCCAAGCUUUCAGGGAGCACCUUCUGCGCUAUGCACUCUCCUCCAUUGUACUACCCACCUCCAGUGAUGAGAACUCAUCUGGUAACGAAAGUGCUCGUGAUGCCCUGCAUUUCCUGCAUAUGCUGAAUGAGUGCGCGUCUACCAGUAGAGACGCUAUCAACAUGUCAUCAUCAUCAUCAACAGCAGCUGCUGUCAGUGAUGAUGAGGUGUCCAAGUGGUGGGUAGCAGUAGGAAUGGUGGCUGUUCACUGGCUGAAAGGCGAGGAUGAAGCUGCCGAAAGGUUUUACAGUACCGUGGAAAGCGUUCCCAAGAGCUUGUGGAAUGCAGAGUAAGUCUAAUUAGUUUUCAGUUUCGUUUACUGUUUGGUAUUAGCGAGCUGAAACAACCACAACAAUUUUUUUAUGAGCAAAACAACAGCUCUCCUAGUGCGACGUUUUAUUGAGGACGUGAACAUACGACGGUGACUUUCCUUUCUCUGUUUGAACCUGGAUAAAUUUUCUCAAGAAUUCAACUCCAAGAAAAAUCGCCUCUAUUUGACAAAUCGAGCGGUUCCAAAUUGACGCGAUGUAGUUUGAAAGGACGUAAAUAACUUUUUUAUCGACGUUUGUACUGCCGUCGUCAUCGUCGUUUCUUAAUCUCCCUAUUCUCAGGUAGCAUGCGUACGUGCGUGCAUUGCGAUCUGUCCCCAAGAAUAUCGGGGCUUAGGGCUCGUCUACACGUAUCCGAAUAUUUUUGAAAAGGCGACAGGACGCGUGUCCCCCGUCGCGCGUGUUUCGCGCUCCUCGCUCGUUUGCGGUUUCCUUCACUCGCCUGAAAAAUACGAAAAACUAACGCCUGUUCUACAGGCUGAAAAAGGGUCAAUCUCUGAGCCUACGAAUGCCUGAGAAGUAUAGAAUAAUCACUUGAGUGAAUUCGUUCAAAACGGAGUUAUCAGAAAAUUAUAGGUUGGACUCUUGUGUGAGUUAGGCCUAGGCCAAACGUUGAACUUUUUAUGAGACGAACCAAACUCUGAUUUGGGUCGACGUAUAUUAAAUUAAGAUCGUCUGUUGGGUCAGACGUCUAACUUAGAACGCGUCGAACCAAUCAGCUGUAACAGACCAAAAAGCAAUUUUGGCCGUCCGGUAGGUGUUAGGGUAAUAAAUUUUCUCCCGAACGAGGCUAGAUAUAGUAUGCAAUAUAUUUUUUAAUUCAUUAGUUUAGUUCGUCGCAUUUGAAGGUCGAAGUUUAUCCCGGAGACGAUCUUCAGACGUUAUAUCCGUCUGAAGCAGACGGAUAGAACGUGUUGGACGAUCCAAACUCAUUCGGACGAACUUAAAUGAGCCAGACGUCGAACGUUUCAUGCACUUAACUCACUAAGUUUGGUUCGUCUUAUGAAAAGUUCGACGUUUGGCCUAGGCCUUGGUACAAUUGUUCCUCUUCUCACACGGCCACUUUAGGGACAGAAGAAAGUUUCCGCUGUAAAGAGGUGGGGCCAAGUUAGGUUCCUGGGAAACUGCCCACCUACCCCUCCCCUAAGCCAUCGUUUUGUCCAAAGUGAGAAGUAAGUGUUAAUGUUAGCUUAGGGGAGGGGUAGGUGGCCGGUUUCCCAGAAACCUAAAUAGAGCGUUUUCACUCACGUGGCCAGCAUCUAUGCAAAUUUAUUGGAACAAAAGAAAGCGUUUGCAUAAGGAAAGAGUUCAACUCCCACAGAACUGGUUUGGGACACCAAUAUGGCCGCCGUGACGUCAUGUGAAAACACUCUAUUGAUCCAAGAGUCAAUGUAUGGACUGUCCGCCAAAAAAAGUGGCGGUUGUAGAGAGGUGGCUGUUAGUGGAGAUACGAUUAUAUUAAUUAAAUGAUCUUUUGGAAACAUUGUUUCUCUUUCAGAGACCCUGUGGCAAACUCCAGAAAUCCAUUAGCAAAAGCAAUUCUAAGAGCAUAUCUAGCCAAGAAGCGAAUCGUUAAGGGAGACUUGACACCUGACUCGCUUGAAGACUGUUUGCAGCUGUGUUGGAAGUCCGGUGCUCAUUUGGCGGAAAGCAUCAACCUUGGUUCCUCGCUUCAUCACUCCGGCGUAAGCCGGCUGCAUCAGCUGGCACAGCUGUUGUGCUGUGAUUGGUUGUUAGGUACUAGAAAGGAUAUCUGGGAGUUCUCGCAAAAAUCAAAUCCCAACCAGUCAGUCGAUCCUGUGGAACUACGGUCAUUUCAGAGUGAUCUUGACAGCUUGCAGAAACUCACUCAUAAUGUACCUGCGGCACUUCCAAGGGUAAGGCGCAGAAUCUUGCGUUAAUUGUACUAACAAGGCUGGGUUCUAAAGUGGAGUUUAGCUUGCCGUAAUCUAAGCUAAAAACCUCAUAAGGCUUAUGUAUCUAAAAGUUUUUUUUUUUUACUGUGAACGGUGCCAAAAACACAUUAUUUAUUAACACGUAUUUGCUUAAAAUAAACCAGGUAGGUCGUUUCAAACGUCGAACUGCACUUGUGCCGAAUCUAAUGCAAAUUUUUUCUAUUAGCAUCAAAUUCCCGAUCGACGUUUGACACGUAUCUUUGUUAAACUGCGACGUAGAUGGGUGUUCGUUUCAGCUCCCGGUUCUCGGCUCACACAGUUUUUCAUUUUCUGCUUUAAGAAUUUGUUUACUAAAGUAAGCGGCGACAAGUUGCAACUUUCUUUUUAGACUGGACCUUCGUACCAAUUUUCUGUUGCAUCUCCACAAAAAAUCUCAAAACGUUUUAUAGCAGAAGUGCAUAAGGAGUUUAUGCGCUAACAUGGACGGCCUUGACAUAAGCAUAAACUUAAGAACAAGAAUCUCAAAACCUUGCGUUCUUCUUAUGCUUAUGCUUAUGUCACGGCCGUCGCGACCAGUGCAUAUUAAAGCUUCUAUACUUAUCUUUAUUCUUAUGCUUUUGCUUAUGUCACGGCCGUCGUGACCAGUGCAUAUUAAAGCUUCUAUACUCAUCCUUAUUCUUAUGCUUAUGCUUAUGUCACGGCCGUCGUGACCAGUGCAUAUUAAAGCUUCUGUACUUACUUUUAUUCUUAUGCUUGCGUUAUUCUUACUCUUCUGACCAUGCUCAUGCUUGUGCUUGCGUUACUAUUGAGGACAGGGUCACAAGGAUUAACGCUAAAGUUUUCUUUUUUGUAUUUUUUUAGCUUUAUUUGUACGAGGCUGUAACACGUCUAAUGGCAGGAGCUAACCCUACAGAGACACAUCAUUUGCUACAGAGGAGUACACUAAGACAACGAGUGGUCACCUCCUGUCACCAUGAGGGACAUCACCAUGGAGACGCAGGUACAUUAGCACUGAUAAAUACUAUGUCUAUUUUCUCCUUUAUUUCAAAAUAGACACACUUGCAUAGAGAUUUUGUUUUCGCCCCUUGUGUCAUUAAAUAAAGAACUUUAGAUCCGAGCACGAGAAAGACUUCGAAGAGGAGAUUUGACUUGUUUAAGUUUUUUUUCGCGUAUUCUUAAAAAAUACACACCCUGUUAACACCAUUUUUUUUUUGAGGAGGUUAAGCCCUUUUCUCAUCGCAAAAUGAUAAAAAGUACUAACAUUUGAUAACUUGUUACCGUCGUCACUACGUCAUUAGAGACUGGCCUUAGAUUCGAGAACGAAGAUGACUACGAGUACGAGAUUUCUCAAUUCUAAGUAGUGCGCGCGCAUGAACCAGCGUCAUUUUGGCGGGAAAACGUGUUAGCCGUCGUCAUUCUACUACGAGUUUUGAGCUUUUAAACUUUUUUCUUGUGAUAGUUUAAUGGAUCUAAAAAAACUUCGUUUCCUCCAUGUACAGACUAUGAAGAAGAACGGACUGGGGUAACAGGAGAGCGAGAGAAGGCAGCGGCCCUCAUGAUGGCUUGCCGACAUCUUCCACUGCCAUUUUUAUCCGGUCCGUGCCAGAGGAAAAAGAUGCUCGUCGAAGCUGCAACUUCCCUGGAAAAAAUCGGUGACAAGAGAGCGCUGCAGGAGUGUCAGCAACUCCUGUUACAGCUUAAUUCAGUAGCAGCUAUUGAGUAG